UUCAUUUCCAAUAUUGCGUUUGAAUAAGCGCUGGUUAGUUUUCUAUUGUUUACUUACUAUUAUUUCUUAGUAAAAGUUUUUUUAUUAUUGUUACUUACUAUUAUUUCAUUAGUAAAAGUUUUUGUGUAAAAAGAUAAUACAAAUAAAAAAAAAAUUUAAAGGAAUUCCAUAAAUAAAAGAAAAUUAAUGAUGAUUAAAGAUAACAAAGGUUUUCAGACUGUCGUGUUGAAUUCUGUCGCAAUUCAAGAUCAUAUAGUAAAAACUUUUCAGUUAAUUCCUAGCGAUGAAACUGUGCGAAAACCUAAAAAAAAAGUUAACAAGAAAAUACCCUACAAGUUUGAUUCUAUACGUCCUAAAAAAAAUGAAGCAAAAAAAGAAUACGUUAUUGACAGGUUAGAAGAUUAUCGAAAUCACUCGUUGGCAGAAAAAUUAGGAAUUUUCGAAACAAAGAUUAACCGUAAAUUAAGCGAAACAGAUUGGGAAAACCAGAAAAAGCUGUCUUUGAAGAGAAAUAUUUUUUCAGAGCCUUGUCCUAUUUGUAAAGAGCCCUACACUCCAAACCGCCUAGAAGUUAUAUUAGCAUGUAGCCACGUGUUUCACAAAACGUGUGUACAAUCUUUUUUCAAACUCUCUAAUAAAGUAUGUUGUCCGAUGUGUCGAACACAAAACAAUGAGAUGCGUGUAGUAUUUGAAGGUACAAAACAAACUAUAAUUCGCUCUGCCAUCAGAAUUCAAUCUGUUUGGAGAGGCUUUAUUGCCCGUAAGAAGUACAAUCAAUUUCUAGCACUUAAUCCUCCAAUAAAUCAAAACAUAAGAAGGAAAUAUUUUUGUAAAAAAUUAUUAGUUUUAUCAAACUCCAUUACUGAAACGUACAGCAAACAUUGCAGUGAUGUUGACUAUUUACUUGAUUCCGUUGCUAAGAGUAUUGCAAAUUGCAAGUCAAUAUUUGAAAACGUUCGAUUGAACGAAAGCAGUCAAAUAGACUGGAAUAACAUAAAGAUAAAAGCAAACGAGAUAGCAAAUCAUUGCUCUAUUUGCUUAACUAAAUUGAAAAAAGGGAAUAACACUUUGUUGAGCUGUUCUCAUUUAUUCCAUACUGCAUGUUUAAAUUCGUACGAAUUCUAUUGCGAAAAUAUAGAACUUGUUUGUCCAAUUUGCAGAUCGAGUUAUCUUAAGAACGAAGUAAACAACGAACUAAGCGAAAUAAACAAACUAGAUGUUUGUUUCUAACUAGAAAAUGUAUACUUUUAUAUAAAGAGAUUUAAUUACUUUUCAAUUUGAA